GCUUCAAGAUGGCGGAAGCCCUGACAACCCAAGAAGAGGUGGCGGUGGAGGAGUUCCUGGCUGAAUUAAGAUGUAGGGAACAGUCGCAGAACGCCACCCUCGUCACUCAGAUCACUGCCAUCAAGUUUCUCAUGGCACGAAAGUUCGAUGUCUCCAGAGCCAUAGACCUCUUCCAGGCUUACAAGAAUACUAGGAUAAAGGAAGGUAUCUACAAUAUUAAUCCAAACGAAGAACCUUUGAGGACCGAGUUAUUGAGCGGCAAAUUUACGGUCCUGCCAGGGCGUGACGCUAAGGGUGCAGCUUUGGCGCUCUUCACUGCUCGUCUCCACCGUCCUGACGUCACUACCCAUAAGGCUGUUCUUCAGGCCAUCAUCUAUCAGCUGGACAAAGCCAUAGAGAGCCUUCAGACCCAGAGGGAUGGUCUUAUAUUCAUCUACGACAUGACGAACUCCACCUAUUCCAACUUCGACUACGAACUCUGUGUCAAAAUUUUAAACCUUCUCAAAGGAGCUUUUCCUGCCAGGUUAAAGUGUGUGUUCAUUGUGUCAUCGCCGCUUUGGUUUCGAGCACCGUUCGCCGUACUGCGUCUUUUUGUGCGAGAGAAACUCCGAGAGAGGGUAUGUACAGUGAAAUCUUAUGAACUGGCCAAUCACAUCCCGGUCAGUUCGCUCCCAGAGCACCUGGGUGGCUCAUCACAGUACAGCCACAUGUCCUGGAUCCAGUCAUGCGUUAAUUCCACCCUGAACAACUCCACUGAUGGCAACACGGACUGCUUGGACGGCCUGCUGCACUCCUACUGCCAGGAUCAAAACCAGACGGCCAAUGCCAAUCCGGGUGCCACAUUGCUUGGGAACAGCCUUGAUGAUGGCAACGCUAAUCCUCAGAACCACCGGCACACCCAUUGGAAUGGCCUGACACCACUAGGCUCUAAUGCCAACAUUUCCAAUGGCCGUCAGGCUCCACCCCCUCAGUCAGAUACACCUCCAGACACGCCCCUGCACCACAAACAUAACACAGAAACGCCGUUGGCGCCAAAGGGAGGCAUGAAUGACUGCCGGCGAGAUGGCAACGGGGCUGAGCAGGAAGCCGAUUUUCUUGGCGAGGAGGCAGAAACAAGAGAUGGAGUCCCACCCCUUCCUCAGAAGUCGUCAAGGCCAACACCCCUGUCACAUAGCCCAGCCCAUGAGACAACCUGGCCACCUGGAACAGCAUCGGUACAUACAGCCGAGCCAGGGGGAAUGACGGUGCAGGAACUGGUGCAGCACAUUAAAAUCAAGAAGAAGAAAGGCAUCUACCAGGAGUAUGAGGAGAUCAGGAAAGAGCCACCUGCUGGAAGCUUUGAUUACUCCAAGAAACCAGCUAACCAAGUCAAAAACCGCUACAGUGAUGUGCUCUGCUUGGACGAAUCCCGCGUCCGACUUUGCCCAAUCAAUGACGACGACGACGAGACAUCAGAUUACAUUAAUGCAAGUUUCAUGGAUGGCUACCAGAUGACGAAUGCGUACAUUGCCACUCAGGGGCCUUUGCCAAAAACGUAUGGUGACUUUUGGCGAAUGGUAUGGGAGCAAGUGGUGUUAAUCAUCGUCAUGACAACCAGAGUUGUUGAGCGAGGCAGAGUGAAGUGCGGACAGUACUGGCCUCUGGAAGCAGGUCGCACAGAGGAGUAUGGGUACUUCCUGGUGAGAAACGUCCACAUUGAGAUGUUUCAAGAUUUUAAACUUUCACACCUGGAGCUCUAUAAUAGUCGGACUGGGGAGUGUAGAGAGGUGUCUCAUUACCUGUACAUGAGCUGGCCAGAUUUUGGGGUUCCGAAAUCUGCAUCGGCCAUGUUGGAUUUCCGGGCGGAGGUGAAGCAGAGGCAGGAGCUGGCACUGCGAACGAUAUUUCCUGAUUGGACGGGACCUCCCGGAGGUCCUCCCAUAGUUGUGCACUGCAGUGCUGGAAUCGGAAGGACAGGUACGUUCUGCACGCUGGACAUUUGUCUCUCGCGCCUUGAGGACAUCGCUACGGUGGACGUGAAGCAGACGGUGCGGCGCAUGCGCACUCAACGUGCCUUCAGCAUCCAGACGUGGGACCAGUAUUACUUCUGCUACCGAGCGGUGAUCGAGUACGCGCAACAAACGGGACGCCUUGCACCUGUCGAGUGGUCCGACACAGAGCUGGAGACGGACAGCGAGUGAUCAGGCGUGAAGGAAAGAGUACGAGUCAAGGUGCCAAAAGAAGAGAUUUCGUGCUUUUUUAAAAAAAAAUUUUUUUGUCCAGAAGGCAUGUGUCUGCAGGUGGAGCGCCGUCUUCCUGCUCAUCCUCUUGCUGGGAAGAAGGAAAAAAAAAAGCAGGAAGAAGAAGUAGAGGAGAGGAUUCUCUCAGCCUGCCACUUUGCAAUUCCCUGCAGCGCGUCGUGGCUUGGUGUACGAGUUGUAGCAGUUUUUAAAAAGUAAUUGACUUGCACACAGUGAAUAAGAAACUUGAACUAUUCCCCAGCUUCCCCCUUUUCUCAGUCCACGUGUGAGAAGUAUUCUGAUAUCAGUGCCGUGCAUCUUAGGGUUUGUGUCACACUUGUGAAAAUAGUGUGAGUGUUAAAACUUGAAUUUUUUUUCCUCUGUCACAGCAACAUGGUAAGUUGUAUGCAAACUGGGUGCAGCAAGUCCAUUUUAUUUUUUCCUGUCGUUCUUACGUUUGUCGUAAACUAACCUUCAAACCAAAGGUAACGCAUCGAAUGCUUGGAUGUAUCUGUUGGAGGAUCAUUGUGACCUUAAACCUUGUAUAGUCUUGUAAGAUACGUUUAUAUAUUGUGCAUAAUAACCUUUGGGGAAAAGUCUUGUUUUAAUAUAAUACUCAAUGUUAUUCAGAAAUAUAUAAAUAUAAAUGAAUAUAUAUAUAUAUAUAUGUUGGGGUAGAACAAUAAGAUGAAGAGAUUCGAAUAUCACAGAAGAAAAAGAUCACGCUACUUCCAGUCCUGCAUCCUGUUUGAGUCCUUUUCAUUUCUCUACUUGAUGACCAUCAAGCAAUUGGCCUUAAAGUGCCAUUCCACCAUUGGAUGUAUUCUUUGGCAUAAAAUACAAUAUAUUUUAUGACAACAUGACUAGA